AUGGACAAGUUGAAUCCCCACCAAGAGGGACCAAAACCGCCGGAAGACAACCAUCAACAACCCGAAUCGACUGCCAACUCUUCCGAGAACGAGGCGGCUGUUCACUCCCCACAUGAUCCUGAAGCGUCGGCUGUUCAUGACACGAGAGAUCCUGUCAUGGUGGCCAGACUUCCCAAUCGCGAACAAAGCCGACUACUCAAACUCCCCGAAGAGCUCAUACUCGAUAUUGUGAAAAGGUUCAACCUGGAUCUUGCUGUCGACGUAGCGGCCGUUUUCUGCCUUGGUCGUGUCUCUCAAGUUCUACGACGUACCAUAAAACACGAUCUGGCGGGGCCACCCUGGCCCAGCUUAGCCAUCCUCAGCUCCCGAUACGGUUUUGAGCCUCCGUCCAAUUACAUACGCACUCGCGGUGCCCAAGACGCCAUCAGAUAUUGCCUUCGCAAAGACCUACUCUGCAAGACGUGCUUGCCACGGAACGAUCUCCGAAUGACGAGGGAUGGUAGGGUUGUGCCACGUCACCCGUCUGGCAAGCGCCUCUGGGAUCGUUGCAAGUUUGAAAGCCAUCACGUCAAGGGGAUUGGGCCACUGUAUUGCUCAGGCUGCGAUACUCUCCACCACCACCGAAUGUUCUCGACCGCAGAGAGGAGGUAA